UCCUUCCUGCUCCUCUGGGUGGGGAGAGGAUGCCUCCCUGUGAAUGAAGCUCAAGUCUAACUCCUGGGAGGAUGCUGUGUUUUUGUUUUAACUGGCUCUUGGGGUGAUGCUGUGUGGUUGUGCAAAGCCUGGAACAGUGAGGGCAUUAGGACCAGGAGCCAGACGCAUGUUUGGCUCCCGUUGUGUCUGGCAGAGGGUUCGUGCAGAGCGGGAGCUAUGUGUGAAAGGAAAUCGGGCAGUGCCUGCUGGCUUUACAUCUGUUGAUCUGACCUGACUCAAGUCGUCCAAAGGAGGGUGUCUGUCAUCCUGGCUUAACUGAAUCCCCAGCAGCUCAGACAUCCCAUAGAACCUGGCCACUCAUGCAGAGGGGGCAAGGAACAUGGGACUAGCCACCAGAACAGAACGGACAAGAGCAGGGUGAGAGGGGAGCAAGCAACAGACCGACCGACUGACUGCAGACCCUUUUCAGAAGACAACUCACAAAAUCCAGAGAGCACCCCGGGUGGCCCCGGGCUCCUGUGGCUUUCGGAUUCCAAGGGAAGUGGAUCUUACAAAUGCUGUUGGCAAAUGUCAGAUGGGAUAAAAGGAGCAGGUGACUGGCAAAAAGCCUCUCAGCUGGAAUGAACAGCCCAGGCUCAAUGACAAGCUUGAAGGUACUUGGAGUAUGACAAGGAAGCAGACCUGAUCAGGACCUGUUGCUUUGGGCAAGCGGCUGCGACAUGCUCCUGAGGAAGCGGCCCAGGAACGGCUGUUGCAGGCUCCAGUUCCUCCUGCUCUUCCUGACACUGGGAUGUGUCCUGAUGAUGGUGACCAUGUUGCAUCCUCCCCCACCCACCCUGCACCAGGCUGUCACAGCCCAGACUGGCAAACACAGUUCUGACACUGGGUAUCCCCUGGUCUUUGGAGACUCCCAGGAAUGGGUUCUGGAGGCUGAGGAUGAGAGUGAGGAGUACAGCUUCUUGGAUGGUCUUCCGCCCUUUAUCUCCCUGCAGGAGGAUCAAUUGCUGGUGGCUGUGGCCUCACCCAGGGCUAGGAGGAAUCAGAGCCAGGGCAGGAGACGAGGCAGCUACCAGUUCAUCAAACACCCGAGCAGGAGGCAGGAUGAGGAAGCCCCUGAGAGGGAUUGGAGGUCUGAGGAGGAUGGGGAGGAAUCAGAAGAGACACUGACCCCACUCAGCCUGAACUCAGAUGGCCUCAACAUGGCACUCAGUGCCCGCCUGCCCCUGAGGAGAGUCCUGCCUGAGGUGCGGCACCCAAUGUGUCUGCAGCAGCAUCCUGCAAGUGGUCUGCCUACAGCCAGCGUCAUCCUCUGCUUCCACGAUGAGGCCUGGCCCACGCUCUUGAGAACUGUGCACAGCAUCCUGGACACAGCACCCAGGGCCUUGCUGCAGGAGAUCAUCCUUGUAGAUGACCUCAGCCAGAGAGAACAGCUGAAGUCUGCUCUCAGUGACUAUGUGGCCAGGCUGGAGACCGUGAAGUUGCUCAGGAGCAACAAGAGGCUUGGCACCAUCGGGGCCCGGAUGCUGGGGGCCACCAGGGCCACAGGGGAUGUGCUGGUCUUCAUGGAUGCCCACUGUGAGUGCCACCCUGGAUGGCUGGAGCCCCUUCUCAGCAGAAUAGCUGAUGACAGGAGCCGAGUGGUGUCUCCAGUCAUAGACGUGAUUGACUGGAAGACACUUCAGUACUCUCCAGCCAAGGAGCUGCAUCGAGGGGUGCUGGACUGGAAGUUGGAUUUCCGAUGGGAGCCCCUGGGGGAGCAGGAGCAGAAGGCCCGCCCAUCCCCCAUCAGCCCUAUCAGGAGCCCUGUGGUACCUGGAGAGGUGGUGGCCGUGGACAGACAUUACUUCCAAAACACUGGAGCUUAUGAUCCUCUCAUGUCACUACAGGGUAGUGAAAAUCUUGAGAUGUCCUUCAAGGCCUGGCUUUGUGGUGGCUCCGUGGAAAUCCUCCCCUGCUCUCGAGUGGGACACAUCUACCAAAGCCAAGAUGCCAGCUCCAGGGCUGACCCUGAGGUCAUUCUGAGGAACAAGGUCCGAAUUGCUGAGACCUGGCUGGGGUCCUUCAAAGAAACCUUCUACAGGCACAUCCCAGAGGCCUUUGCCCAGAGCAAGGUUGCAAAGCCAGACUGCACAGAACGCCUGAAGCUGCAAAGGAGGCUGGGCUGUCGGACGUUCCACUGGUUUUUGGCCAAUGUCUACCCUGAGCUGUAUCCAUCUGAGCACAGACCCAGGUUCUCUGGAAAGCUCCACAACACUGGACUUGGCUUCUGUGCAGACUGCCAAGCAGAUGGGGACAUCCUGGGCUGCCCCAUGACAUUGGCUCCUUGCAGUGACAACCGGCAGCAACAGAAUCUGCAGCACACCAGCAGGAAGGAGAUUCUCUUUGGCAGCCCACAGCGGUUGUGCUUCGACAUCAGAGGAGAACAGGUGAUUUUGCAGAACUGCACAGAGGAAGGCCCUGCCAUCCAUCAACAGCACUGGGAACUCCAGGAGGAUGGAAUGAUCAUCCACAUUCUUUCUGGGAAAUGCAUGGAAGCUGGGGUUCAACCAGACGAUAUGAAUCUGUACUUGAGUCAAUGUGAUGGUAAAAGCAGCCAGCUGUGGCGAUUCGACCAGGUCCACCCUGUGGAUGAACGAUGAGUAACAGUGAUGAAGAGCAAAAUAAACACUGAGCAUCACCA